AGGGAACAACAAUCUGUUAUUUUUUUCUAUCCCUCAAUCAUCCCCAUUUCCUUAUUAUAUAUAUUUUUCAGAUUGGACUUCUGUUUUUGCACAAAUGCUCGUUUGCAUUAUUUUGCAAUUAUUUCUUGUUAUCAAUCGCAUGUUAUAUUGCAUAUUGUUAAUAAUUUAAUAAAGAUAUCAAAUACAAAAUUAUAUUACGAUUGACGUAACAUGUCUCCAUGUUACCGCGACUGCUAUGGUAACGCAUACCCUUGCUACCAAGCAAGACGAAACGGUAAGUUGUAAUCGUGAAAAAGAGAGGUUGAGUGACUAUCACUUAUUUCAUAAUUUUCUAUUCAGAUCACGCACACAGUUAAUGUUCUCGAAUUCAUAUUAGCGUGACGAUUCUGAUAAGCAAAAAAAAAAAAUAUAUAUAAAGACUUGAUUACACGAUGGAGAAUCCGCGUUGUGUACAAGAAAAAGAUAAAAGUCAGAGCAAAGAAGAAGUCAUGGAACAAGAUAAAAGUGACAAAGAAAUUGACAUUUACAAAUCGGAACCGUGCACAGGAAUGGCAAAGCGGAGUGAGGAGUCACACGUCAGGAAAUUCCGUAAAAAGCAAUGCGAUUGGAUGAAAUCCACUUCCGACACGUAUUGUCCAAAUACCAAGCUUUUAAAAAAAUAUCACGCGCAUCGGAAGGCGUAUGAUUGCUUAAAAAAGUAUAUUAAAGAUGAAUCGAGGAUUUUCGAUUUGCCACAAAAAUGUGAAACUUUGUCGAGGAGCACCACGGCAUUAAAGAAAAGGAAAAGAGAAACCGUUUCUCCCAAAGAUGAUUACUACAUGUCGCUACGUCGACAGAGAGCCGAAUUUCGGAUGCAUCUGAUCAGGAAGAUCAAAGGACUGAGUUGGAACGAGGACAAAAUGGAAAUUUGCAGUGACUAUGCAAAAGAGCGGACGGUUUUAGAUGACGAUAAUGUUUGUUGCGGACAAACAGCAGCAGUUCCGAGCGACGUCGACGAUAUCGGUGACAUUUGGCUCACGGAGGAAGACAAGAAUCUGUUGAGGUAUUACUACUACAUCCUUCAUGAGGUCGACGACACUCAUGCAGGCACCUUAGAUUCUGACACGUUAAAGAAGAUCACGAGCAUGGUGUCCGCUGAAUGGCAGAAGAGAUACACCGAGUGCUUCGACCAAUUGAUUCGGGAAUUAAAAAGUGCCUACGUUACGAGUAUGAAAAAAUCCAUCGUCGACUUCGUGUUGCAGGAACCCUUCGAGGAGGCGCUCUGCGCUACGCCGCUACUCUUCCGAGGAAUCGCCGAAUUGUUGACGCUGGAGCACAGUGUUAAGUACCAAAAAAUAAAAGCGAAAUUGGAGAGGAAAUCGAUCAUCCUGUAUCACCCGUGCAUGCGCAAAACUUUAGAUUACUGGUAUCGCGAAUAUGGAGAGGUCAGACAAGUAGACAAACGAGAGCUGACGUCGCAAAGACAAUCGUACGAUCUUUCAAAAUUUGAUUACAAAUUCUUAAGAAUCCUCAAAGACACGAGCGACGAUCUUCUCAAACGAUGGUUGCCAAAGAUCUGCAAUAUUUUACUCACAGCUUCAAAGAAAGGUAAUUUACCACCCGUGAACAAUCCGCAAUAUAAUAGAUUCUUCAAUUGUCUGGCCUACGUCAUGGAAGAUCAAUUGCGAGACUUGUGCUUACGUUCAAUGGAAGACUAUAUUGAUUAUCUUACGGAUGUCGGUCACACAAAUUGUGGCUUUAAUGUAGACGUUGUGGUACGGAAUACUUCUAUUAUUUUUGAUCCAACAUUCAAAGCAUUUGCAAACGGACUUUCAAUAUUGCUGAAUUCUCUUUACGAUGCUGUAACAACUUUACCACGAGCGGAAGUAAAACUCGGAUGGAUUUCUCCGGAUAGUAGUUCCUCUGAAUUGCUCAAGCCAAUGAUUUCUCCAGAUCUUCUUGAGCAACAUGCGAACGUCAUAUCAAAUUUAAUUCAACGAUAUAAAACUGAUCCGGAAAUGCAACUGCGCGAGUUCGAUAAAUAUAUGAGUUUAAUAAACAACGAGGACGUUAAUUACGUUCGGGAUUUUCUGAAGGCCCAACCGCCUAAUCCGUAUAAGAAAUAUUGCGAACUCGUUGAUCAUUACAAUCAAUUGAGCAAGAAUAUUCCACUAGAGUUUUAUUGGACAUCUUUUACUGAUCUCUUUGAAGUUCGCAGAUAUCAUAUUAUAAAACAUCUUGCUUCUACAGCUGCUCAUCUCAAAGACGAAUUAAUUUCAAAAAUGGUCGCUGAUUAUCAACAAAAAGUUCGAGCUAUAGGAGAUGUUUAUCAAAACAUCGCAGAUCGAGCAUUAAGUAUACCACCCAAUACGUCAGAACUCAUGAAAUUGCAAGCUUUUAUACAUAAAUCUGAAACGGAAACUGUUUUUGAACUAGAGACUCGAUUGACAGAAGUAAUGAAAUAUAUAAUAUUUUUAUCAGAUUAUCACCAUUUAACGCCAGUUGAGUUGAAGAGCAAUAAUUUUGCUUUUCAAUGGUAUCACGCAAUGCCUGAAAUUUUCGAAAAACACCGUGAAAUAGUUGCAAGUAAAACGGGAGAGUAUCAAGUAAUGCUCAAAGAAAAAAUUGAAAAAUUUGAACAGGAUUUACAGACUUAUGAGAAAUAUUGUAACGAGUUGCAAUAUUGGGGCAAUAUCGAGGAGAUACAACGAUACAAGAAAAAAGCUAUUAGUCUUGACAAAAAAUUGACUGCUGCUAUGGAUACAAUCGCAGAAUUUAACGAUGAGGAAAAAUUAUUCGGCUGGGAAAUGUCACAGUAUCCCUUAAGAAAGAAGAUAGCCGAUAAAUUGGCACCUUAUAAAAAAUUCUACGACAUUACCUGUGAAUUCUUAACUAACUACGAGAAUUGGACUAACGCUAUGAUAGGCUCGUACGAUCCCGAAGUGAUCGAGACUGAAACAGCCAUUGCAUAUCGUACGGUAUACAAGUUGGAAAAAGCUUUUCAAGAACCUGCAGUGAGAAAGUUGGCAGAAAUCGCAAGAACGAAAAUCGAAGAAUUUAAAGAGCAUAUGCCAGUAAUAUUGACUCUCGGGAAUCCUUCCCUGAAAAGUCGUCAUUGGGAGCAGAUUUCGGAAAUUGUUGGGUUUCCGAUAAAAGUCGAUCAAUACAUGACGUUGGCCAAGAUUCUCGAUUACGGUCUAGGCGACUAUGUCGCGAAAUUUGAUGUAAUAUCCGAGGCAGCUACUAAAGAGGGUAAUUUGGAGAGAGCUUUAGUCAAAAUGUAUUCCGAUUGGUCGGAUAUCGCGUUUACCGUCAAUCUUUAUCGCGACACCGGCACAUAUGUUAUUGCCAGUGUGGAAGAAAUACAACUGUUGCUCGACGAUCAUUUAAUGAAAGCCCAGACAAUGAAGAAUUCUCUUUAUAUAAAGCCGUUUGAGAAAGAAACCCUAGAAUGGGAAGCCAAGUUACUUUUGUUACAAGAUAUUAUGGAUUAUUGGCUCAAGGUUCAAGGAACGUGGAUGUAUCUUGAACCAAUCUUCUCGUCACCCGAUAUACAGCAACAGAUGCCAGAGGAGAGUCGACGAUUUAGCGCCGUAGAUAAAAUCUGGAGGGAACUUAUGUCGAUCGUCGCGGCUAAUCCAGCAGUCAUGACCGUCGUCGAUAUCGACAAGAUGCUGGAUCGCUUGAAAAAGUGUACCAAUUUGCUUGAAUUGGUGCAAAGAGGACUUGCGGCUUAUCUAGAGAAGAAGAGACUCUUCUUCCCGCGAUUUUUCUUUCUGUCUAACGAUGAACUUUUAGAAAUUUUGUCUGAGACGAAAGAUCCCACGCGGGUGCAGCCUCAUUUGAAAAAGUGCUUCGAGGGCAUCGCAAAAUUGAGAUUUACCGAUGCCAUGGAGGCCACGGCUAUGAUGUCAUCCGAAGAGGAGGUGAUUAUUCUCGAGGAUAUAAUCGAUACGACUGCUGCACGAGGGCAAGUGGAAAAGUGGCUUCUCGAGCUCGAAAUUGAUAUGAAAAAAAGCGUGAAAGCUCAGGUGAUACGAGCCAAAGAUGCCUUUCCGACUAAAGCUAGGAGUCAAUGGGCCUUGGAAUGGCCGGGACAGACUAUCCUUUGCGUCAGCAAAUUAUACUGGACGGCAGAUGUUACUGUUAAGAUUCCGAAGGGCUUAGAAAGUUUAAGAGAUUAUGUUGAAACGUGUACACACGAACUUAAUGAAAUCGUCAAGCUUGUCCGUAGUAAAUUAUCAAAGCAAAAUCGAACGACUUUGGAAGCUUUAGUAACGCUGGAUGUUCACAGUCGUGAUGUGUUGGUGCAGCUAUGUGAGCAAAAUGUAAAUCAAGUCACGGACUUUAAGUGGCUUUGCCAACUGAGAUACUAUUGGAUAGACGAGGAUUUGCACACGAUGAUGAUAAAUUCCCAGCUGGGCUAUGCAUACGAGUACCUAGGCAAUACGUCGCGAUUAGUAAUAACGCCACUCACCGAUCGAUGCUAUCGCACAUUGUUUGGUGCUCUCAACCAGCAUCUCGGCGGCGCUCCGGAAGGACCUGCUGGGACAGGAAAGACCGAGACUACCAAAGAUCUGGCAAAGGCAGUCGCCAAGCAAUGCGUUGUAUUCAAUUGCUCGGAAGGAUUAGACUAUAUCGCUCUGGGCAAAUUUUUCAAAGGAUUAGCCAGCACCGGUGCAUGGUCUUGUUUCGACGAGUUUAAUCGCAUUGAUCUAGAAGUUCUAUCGGUAGUGGCACAGCAAAUACUGACUAUUCAACGAGCUAUACAUGCGGAGAAGGAUACUCUGAUAUUCGAAGAAACAGAAUUGAAACUGGAUCGUACCUGCGCGGUGUUCAUCACGAUGAAUCCGGGAUAUGCUGGCAGAACGGAAUUACCAGACAAUCUAAAAGCUUUGUUCCGACCGGUGGCUAUGAUGGUACCAGAUUACGCUUUAAUAGCGGAGAAUAUUUUGUACUCAUAUGGAUUUUACAACGCAAGGCCUUUGUCUGUUAAGAUAGUUAUGGCUUAUAAAUUAUGCUCGGAGCAACUGUCAAGCCAAAAUCACUAUGACUACGGUAUGCGAGCGGUGAAGUCUGUCUUAAUAGCGGCAGGACAUUUAAAAUUGAAAUAUCCAGAAGAAAACGAGGACGUUUUAAUUUUACGUAGCAUCAAGGACGUAAAUUUGCCCAAGUUUCUCAGCGAAGAUGUACCGCUGUUUCACGGUAUCAUCUCGGAUCUUUUUCCAAGCGUGCAACUUCCUGAACCGAACUAUGUACACUUAAAUGCCUGCGCGUAUAAAGCGUGCGCUGCUGCGAACAUCCAGUGCGUCCCUGUGUUUCUGGAGAAAAUUCAGCAAAUAUACGAGAUGAUGUUAGUCAGACAUGGAUUCAUGAUCGUUGGAUUUCCCUUCGCCGGCAAGACUACAGCCUACAAAAUGCUGGCCGACGCACUCGCAAUUUGCGAAGAAAAUAAUUUAAUGAAUGAGCGGAAGGUGGAGAUAACGGUAAUCAAUCCAAAAUCGUUAACUCUGGGACAAUUGUACGGACAAUUUGAUCCAGCGUCCCACGAGUGGAACGACGGUAUUCUGGCUAUUAGCUAUCGGGCUUUUGCAACUUCGACAAAUGACGACCGAAAAUGGUUGAUCUUCGAUGGUCCGAUAGACGCGAUAUGGAUAGAAAGUAUGAACACCGUUCUUGACGACAACAAAAAGCUGUGCCUAAUGAGCGGAGAAAUCAUUCAACUGGCACCGACGACUAACUUGAUAUUCGAGCCGUUAGAUCUGGAAGUUGCUUCACCAGCCACGGUAUCUCGUUGCGGAAUGAUUUAUAUGGAGCCUGAUGCGUUAGGAUGGGAGCCCUUAUUAAAUUCUUGGAUAGUCAAAUUGCCAGAAGUGAUAGAUGAAUGGUUACGGGUCUUCAUACACGAAUCGCUAUUCCUCAGAUUUUGUAAACCUCUUUUUCAUCUAUUACGUCGGUGCAAUGUAAAGGAAAUAUGUCCAAUGCCCGAUUCAAACCUUUUACGAUCUGUCACUUAUCUUAUGGAUUGUUUUUUGGAUGACUAUUACAAUGAAGAAAUAGCGAGAAAUAUAAAUGAGCUUGAUCUUCGAGCACAGACAGAAGGCUCGUUUUUCUUCUCGUGCAUCUGGGCAAUGGGCGGCACUUUGGAAGCCAAGUAUAAGGAACCGUUUAGCAUUUUAUUCCACGGGCUUUUGGAAAGAGAAUUUCCACUGGCACUGAUGGGCGUAUUUCAGUUACAAGAAUCGGUUCCGCCACCUUUAAAACCCUAUAUAUUUAUUAUGCCGAAACAUAAUGUAGUGUUUGAUUACAGAUUUAUUAAAGAGGGCAAAGGAAAGUGGAAAUUAUGGUCGGACGAGCUAUUAUUGGCGCCGUCGAUUCCCCGUGACAUUCCUGUCAAUCAAAUAAUUGUGCCAACCGUAGAAACAAUACGGUACACGGCACUUUUUCAGAUGUUGGUACAACACGAGAAGCCAGUGCUCGUUGUAGGUCCGACAGGCACCGGCAAGUCGGUGUAUAUAAUCGACUUUCUACUGAAAAAGAAUAAUGCCGCGGUGAAUAAGCCGUUGCUGAUCAAUUUUUCCGCGCAAACCACUGCUAAUCAGACGCAAGAUAUUAUUAUGAGCAAAUUAGAUCGUAGACGGAAAGGAGUUUAUGGUCCUCCUAUAGGUAAACGAUGGAUCAUCUUCGUCGAUGACGUCUCGAUGCCCAUGAAAGAAACAUUUGGGGCGCAACCGCCUAUAGAAUUAUUGCGGCAGUGGUUGGAUCAUUGGCAAUGGUAUGAUAGAAAGGAACAAACGCUAAUAAAAUUGAUCGAGAUCCAAUUAAUGUGCGCGAUGUCUCCGCCAGUCGCUGGCAAAGAUGUUACGCCUCGAUUCAAACGGCACUUCUUCGUUCUGGCAAUAUCUGAAUUCGAGGAUGACGUUAUGAUUACGAUAUUUAGUAGGAUUGUUUUGUGGCAUCUCGAUACCAGGGGUUUCAGUAAAGAAUUUGAUCCAUGCAUCGAUCAAAUUGUUUUAGCAACGCUAGAUAUAUAUAAAGAGAGCUUAAUUAAUCUGCUACCAACGCCUGCGAAAUGUCAUUAUAUGUUUAAUCUUCGUGAUUUCUCUAGAGUUAUCCAGGGAGUGCUUUUAUCAGUUCCGGAAACUAUGCCUGCACUCUCAAAUAUGAAGCGAUUAUGGGUUCACGAGAUACUUCGUGUAUUUGGUGAUCGUUCCGUCGACGAAAUUGACAUCAAUUGGUUGAUACAGCAAAUAAGCGUGACACUAAAAAAACGUAUGGAAAUUUCGUUGGAGGAUCUCUUCGAAGAUCUGCUCCGAGAGAAGAGAAAAAAAAAAAUUACCAUAAACGAAUUACGAAAUUUGAUAUAUUGCGAUUUUAUGGAUGCUAAGGCGGAUGUUCGUUUAUACCAAGAAGUUAGUGACUUAGAAGAGUUGCGAGAGAUCGUGGAAACGUAUCUUUCCGAAUAUAAUUCGAUGACAAAAAAACCUAUGAAUCUAGUAUUAUUCCGGUUCGCGAUCGAGCAUCUAUCGAGGAUAGCUCGUAUCAUCAAACAACCGCGAAGUCAUGCUCUUCUCGUUGGAGUCGGUGGAUCUGGAAGACAGUCUUUGACCAGAUUGGCGUCGCACAUUUGCGACUACGACGUGUACCAGGUCGAACUUACGCAACAAUACGGCCAGCACGAAUGGCACGAGGAUAUCAAAGCCAUUUUGAAGAAAGCCACGGCUACCGAAUUACAUUCGACUUUUCUCUUCAGCGACACGCAGAUUAAAGAAGAGAACUUCUUGGAAGAUAUCAGCAAUAUGCUCAAUUCAGGAGAAGUGCCUAAUAUAUUCGUUGCUGACGAGAAGGCUGACAUAUGCGAGAAGAUGAGACAGAUUGAUCGACAACGAGAACGAGCGUUACAAACGGACGGAAGCCCUGCGGCUCUUUUUAAUCUAUUCGUGCAAAUCUGUCGCGAUCAGUUACACAUUGUUGUCACUAUGUCUCCUAUCGGUGACGCUUUUAGAAAUCGGAUUAGAAAAUUCCCAGCUUUAGUUAACUGUUGCACCAUUGAUUGGCUUCAGCUAUGGCCUGAAGAUGCACUGUUGGCUGUCGCGACUAAAUUCCUGUCUGCGGUCGAACUUACUGAUCACGAAAGAAGUGUCGGUAUUGACAUGUGUCAAUACUUCCACGUAUCCACUCAAAGAUUAAGUGACGAGUUCUUUGUUCGUUUGAAUAGACGUAAUUAUGUGACACCUACAUCUUACCUCGAAAUGAUCAAGACUUUUCAGACCUUACUCGACAAAAAGCGUGGAGAAGUGCUACACGCUAAGGCUCGGUAUGAGGGUGGAUUGGGACAAUUAGAUAGCGCGCAGCAUCAAGUAACGGAGAUGCAAAAUAUAUUAAAGCAAUUGCAACCAAGCUUAAUUGCGGCCACGCAGGAUAUUCAACGAAUGUUGGCCGACGUUGAGAAGGAAAAUCAGGAGGUCGCGGAAUUUGAGAAAGUAGUUAAAGUCGACGAAACUGCGGCUGAAAUUGUCGCGAAUGAAGCAGCUAUGAUAAGAGCUGAAUGCGAUGCUGAUUUGGCUGAAGCUAUGCCUAUCUUAAAUCGAGCUCAAGCAGCAUUGGACACGUUGACAUUGGCAGAUAUCGCGAUAGUAAAAGCAAUGAAACAUCCGCCGUAUGGCGUGAAGCUCAUCGUGGAGAGUGUUUGCGUUCUCAAGCAAAUAAAGCCAGAGAAGGUACUGACGAAGGAGGGUGUGUACGUUGAUGAUUACUGGAAGGCGGCCUUGAGGAUGCUCAGCGAUGCUAAAUUUUUAGACUCGCUACUUAAUUUUGAUAAGGACAACAUUCCGGAUAAGGUAAUAGAAACGAUACGAAAAGAAUAUCUGACAAAUCCGGACUUCGAUCCGGAGAAAAUCAAGAAGGUGUCAACGGCUUGCGAAGGUUUAUGCCGUUGGGUGAUCGCAAUGUCCGAUUAUGAUACAAUCGCAAAAAUCAUCGCUCCUAAGAAAAAAGCCCUAGCGCAAGCUGAAGCUGUCUAUCAUAAUGCUAUAGAAAAAUUAAAUCUGAAAAGAGAACAAUUGCGUCAAGUACAGAAAAAAUUGUUGGACCUUCAAGAAACAUUAAACAAAAGAAAGAUGGAGUUUCAAAUAAUGUCGGAUCAGGUGGCGGAUUGUGAGAUGAAAUUGAAACGGGCCGAAGAUCUUAUCGGGGGAUUAGGCGGAGAAUAUGCACGUUGGUCUCAAACCGCCGAGGAACUGGGCAACAAAUAUUAUCGGCUAACGGGGGAUGUAUUAAUCGCGUCCGGCGUAGUGGCUUAUUUGGGUCCAUUCACCAUGCCGUUUCGUGUGCUGCAGAUAAACGAAUGGGUGCAAUUAUGCACGGAUAUGCAAGUGAUUUGUAGCUAUGAUUUCCAUCUGCGUGAUGUACUCGGCGAUCCGGUUUUAAUCAGAUCAUGGAACAUCGCCGGAUUGCCCGCCGAUCUAUUUUCCAUCGACAACGGAAUUAUCGUUACAAAUGCCAGAAGAUGGCCGCUGAUGAUAGAUCCACAAAGCCAAGCUAACAAAUGGGUUAGAAACAUGGAGAAGCAAAACAAUAUAAGCAUUAUUCGAUUGAGUCAACAUGAUUAUGUUAGAGUUUUGGAAAACGCGAUACAAUUCGGACAACCAGUGCUGUUGGAAAACGUAGAGGAGGAAUUAGAUCCCGUUCUCGAGCCAAUACUUCUUAAACAGACGUUCAAGCAUGCUGGUGCAUUAUGUAUAAAAUUGGGCGAUGCCGUAAUAGAAUAUAAUGCUAACUUUAGACUUUACAUCACGACAAAAUUAAGAAAUCCUCAUUAUCUGCCGGAAAUAGCUGUAAGAGUAACUCUGCUGAAUUUUAUGAUAACACCGAGCGGUCUGGAGGAUCAGUUGCUCGGUAUUGUGGUCGCGAAAGAAAGACCCGAUUUAGAAGCAGAGAAGAACGCUUUGAUUCUGCAGAGUGCCGCGAACAAAAAGAUGUUGAAAGAGACAGAAGAUAAAAUCCUGGAGGUACUUUCCGUGGCAGAAGGUAAUAUUUUGGAGGACGAGGAAGCUAUCGAUAUUUUAAUGGUAUCCAAGGUUUUAAGCGAUGAUAUUCAGGUGAAACAAGCGGCCACGGAAGUUACAGAAAAAUCGAUCGAUGCCGCGAGAUUGCAAUAUCAACCCAUCGCGGCUUAUUCAACUAUACUUUUCUUCACGAUAGCAUCUUUAGCCAAUAUAGAUCCAAUGUAUCAAUAUUCAUUGAUAUGGUUUGUAAAUCUCUUCAACAUGGCUAUCGAUAAUACGGAGCCAGCCGAUAAUAUCGAACAACGUUUGAGGGAUCUAAACAAAUAUUUUACAUAUUCCCUUUACGUCAACAUCUGCAGAUCUCUGUUUGAAAAGGAUAAACUAUUGUUCACGCUACUUCUCGUUUUCAAUCUGUGCGAGACGAGCGACACACCGGAAACCAUAAGCCAAUGGUUAUUUCUAUUAACCGGUGGGAUAGGUUUGGAGAACCCGUACGCUAAUCCUGCCGAGUGGCUGCUCGUCAAGUACUGGGACGAAUUGUGCAGGCUGGAUACCGUCAAAGGAUUUGAAGGCAUCAGAGAAUCGUUCUCCAAGGCCGUUGGCGAGUGGAAGAAGAUAUUCGACUCGAGAGAACCGCAGAAAGAGCCUUUCCCAGCGCCAUACGACAGCUUAAAUUUAUUUGAACGAUUGUUAAUUCUGCGAUGUCUCCGCCCCGAUAAAAUUAUCCCAGCGGUACAGUUGCUCGUGGAAGAACAACUGGGCGCGCAAUACGUAGAAGCACCACCUUUCGACUUAGCAUCUUCUUACUUGGAUUCUAACUGUUGUAUUCCAUUGAUAUUUAUCCUAACUCCCGGUGCCGAUCCGGGGCAAACCUUGCUGUCGUUUGCCGACGAGCAAGGCUACGGUGCCAAGCGUCUUUUCUAUCUGUCUCUUGGUCAAGGUCAAGGACCAAUAGCGGAAGGCUUGAUAAAGAAUGGCGUGCUGCAUGGUAACUGGGUGGUAUUGCAAAACUGUCACCUGGCCAAGAGCUGGAUGCCGACCUUGGAAAAGAUCUGCGAAGGUCUGAUACCCGAUUCGAUUCACCCUGAUUUCCGGCUAUGGUUGACCAGUUAUCCAGCGGAACACUUUCCCAUAUCGGUCCUCCAGAACGGCAUCAAGAUUACGAACGAGCCGCCCAAAGGACUCAGGGCUAACAUUUUGAGAUCGUACACGAGCGAUCCGAUCAGUAGUCCAGAGUUCUUCGAGGGCUGCGUUCAAAGCGAGCACUUCAAGAAGCUUCUGUACUCGUUGUGCUUCUUUCACGCUAUGAUACAAGAGAGACGGAAGUUCGGCCCAAUCGGAUGGAACAUCCCGUACGAAUUCAACGAGACCGAUAUGAGGAUCAGCGCAUUGCAAUUGAAGAUGUUCUUAGACGAUUACGAGGACGUGCAGUUCGCUGCUUUGACGUACCUCACGGGUGAAUGCAAUUACGGAGGCAGAGUUACGGACGAAUGGGAUCGUAGAACGCUGAGCACUAUCCUAUUGAAGUUCUAUUGUCCGGAACUGUUGACUGAUGAAGUAUACUAUUUCGACACGUCAUCUACUAUUUAUUAUUGUCCAUUCGCCAGAGAAUACGAAGCAUAUAUCGUAUACACGAGAAAACUUCCGAUAAUUACAGCACCGAGUGUAUUUGGCAUGAAUGAAAACGCCGACAUUCUUAAAGAUCAGCGAGAGACAGACCUGCUAUUCUCUUCAUUACUGCUCACGCAGGAUCGGACGGAAGCUGUUAAAUCCGGUGCGAGAGCCACCUCUGACGAUGAGAUAGUUUACGGUGUCGCGACAGAAAUCUUGGAUAAGCUUCCAAAGAAUUACGAUGUCAUUGCAGCACUUGCUAAAUAUCCUACAUUAUACAGUCAAAGUAUGAACACUGUGCUAGUGCAAGAGAUGGACAGAUUUAACAAAUUAUUACACUGUAUCAGGAACAGUCUUAUCAAUGUACGAAAAGCUAUCAAAGGUUUGAUCAUAAUGUCCAUUGAACUUGAAGAUAUUUACGAUGCAAUCGUGACGAGUAAAUUACCUCGUUUGUGGAAGGCAAAUUCCUAUCCCUCUUUAAAACCUUUGGGCAGUUAUAUCAAUGACUUUUUACAACGUUUAACAUUUCUACAAAAAUGGUAUGAGGAAGGACCGCCCGUUACAUUCUGGUUACCUGGCUUCUAUUUUACGCAAGCGUUUCUAACUGGGACGUUGCAAAAUUACGCGCGAAAGUAUCAGAUCCCUAUAGAUCUUCUUACGUUUGAUUUUGAAAUUCUAAAAGAGACUGUUUUCACGAACAUGCCCGAGGAUGGUGUUUACGUUUACGGACUAUUUUUGGAUGGCGCGAGAUUUGAUAUAAAGAAAAUGUGCGUAGAGGAGAGCUUUCCCAAAGUGCUUUACGAUAACGUGCCCUUUCUGUGGCUGAUACCGAUGAAGAAGCAGGAUAUCGAAGAAAGGCGAUCGUAUGUUUGUCCGCUCUAUAAAACCAGCGAACGUCGCGGGGUAUUGUCCACCACCGGUCACUCCACGAACUUCGUCAUAGCCGUGCGGUUGCCCACGGUGAAGCCACCAGAACACUGGAUUAUACGAGGAGUGGCGAUGCUUUGUCAACUCAGUGAAUAAAAUAAACCAAUGUAUAAUAUCAA